CACAACAACAUCCACAUACCUCUCCGAUCCUCCUUCUCCAUCCCACUGCUGCAAUACACUACUCCUCCCAUUCACUUCACUCCCCAACCUCUCUUAGCGCUCCCGGUCCCAAAGAGUGAUAUAGCCUAGAUAGGCUGCAGCCUUCCGAAGACCAUGUAAUUUCGCAGUCUCAUCCGUUAUCUCCUCGGCGCUCUGGUCACCUAUUCAAUAGCAAAUUAUGUUGAAAAAUUGCCUGUUCGUAGGCCUACUGUGGAUACUAUUUGAAAGUGCCUAAAAUGGGAUUUUUCGCUUUUUAUUGGUAAAAUUCUGUGCCACGUUUUACUCGCCGAAGCAGAUCUCUCAAACGCACGGAAUUGCCUAGGAGGCAACAGUCGACCGAAAACCUUGGAGUAGACGCAAUGGAGAAUAUAAUCUAAAGAGGAACACAUGGGGAAAGAAAAUAAGGAAUAGGAGGGUACCGUACAUAACGACAGAUAUUGCUCAUAAACGCAGCAUAUCUUUUUAAAAUGUGAAGUUGCCAGAAUCAGAGAAAGUCACGAAUUUUAUUCUGUUUUUAAUUAGGCAUUUUGAUGAAUUAAUUUUGUGCUUUGUAUAGUCAUAUCCAAUAAUAUAUCGGAAUGUAGUUUAGUAGGGUAUGUAUAUGACCACUGCUAUAAUAACAAAUGGUAAAAAGUUAGAUAGGUCAAUAGGCCUAUUGUAAAGUUAUUUCUACAUGCCUUCUUGGCCACAAUCACCCUUAAUGGUUGUGUAUGGAAUGACCUGUUAUCCCGACCUGUAGGGGUUAGUGUUACCGUGCACGAGUGUAUUGGUAUGAACAAGAACAAAAAUGUAAGCACUAAGUAGGCCCACUGUAAGUCCUCUGGAUAAGCGCAUCUGCUAAAUGACAAAAAUGUAAUGUAAAACAUAAAUUAUCAUAAGUGUUGUGGAAUGAUGUUUAUUUUUGCAAAUAUAACACGUUCUUAUGGUGAAUAGUGCAUUGCAUCUCUCAAACUCAUUGCACAAUUAUCUGUCUUCCAUGAAAUGCACAAAUUCUAUCAGACACACUAAUGUUGUCUUCUACUUUCUGAGCCUAAACUCAACAUGUCUUCCUGAGAAACCUCAUCACGAAGAAUCAUUGAUCGUAUCAGCUGCUAGUCUAUUUACCACAUGUUGCUUUUUUUCUGUGCACACCCAGUCACAUUGCCAAACAGCGCGUCCAGAUUAUAAACAGUUGAACAAAAGCUUUAAACGAGCAGCCAGGGUUACUGAAACCUGAGGCGCAGGGCAUUAUUUCCUCAUCAUUGGUAACUGAAUCCGGUGGAUGUGGAUUCUGUAGACUGUCAGCUGGACAGGCACCAGUCUGAUUUAAAACGGAGGCCGGUGAGGUAAGGAGGAGGCUGCUUAUUCCUGAUAAGGACACAGCCUAGAGCUGACAUCCACCUCACCUGGCCACUCACCCCACAGAGGGACACCUCCCAGGCCGAGCACCAGCUGAAGAGGAGGACGAAAAAUGUACUCUGACUGUGAGCUUCGUCUCACCAGAAGAGGUCCUGGCUCAGAUCUCCUCCCCCAGACUGGUUGAGACGCUCCAGUUGUGUUUUGAUACUUUUCUCUUGAGUUUUUUUUUUUUACCCAUCCUCACUGGAGUGAGAGAGUGAAGACAUUUUGAAGACCCAGAGGUUUUUGCUCUGGGAGUACCUUUACUUGGAGUAGCUGCUAAUAGACGGAGACCUACAGUCUUUCUUUGUCUUUCCCUGUCUGUGGUGUUUGUGGUGUGUGUGUGACAGUGCUUGUCGGUUGGCACAGGUGAGAGCCGUCUCCCUUCCCUCCGCCAGGAUGUCUGCAGUUCAGCUGCUGCUGGUCCCGCUAGCGCUGUGGGCUCUGCAAGCGUCUCUAUGCCAUGGAGCGUGUGUGGAGGUGGACUCUGACACUGACGCAGUGGUCAAUGAAGGCUUUAAGCUGGGCUGCAUCUCCUGUAAGAUGAGGGGCGAGGUGCCCGCCGAGGCCACUGUUGAAUGGUCCUUCAUGCCCAAAGGGGAGAGCGAGUUCACAAAAAUCUACAGCUACGAGGAUCUAAUGAGUGACAUUCCAGACGAGCGCUUCUACGAGCGUCUGGACUGGAACGGCAGCAAGAAGACCAAGGACCUGCAGGACGGCUCCAUCUACAUCCUGAACGUGACGUGGAACGACACGGGCACCUACCGCUGCAUCUUCAACCGCACCCUCACCUUCACCUCCUACGAGUUCCACACCAACGCCACCAAGAUCGUCCACCUCAACGUGGUGCCAAGACUGACCAGGGGGAUAGCGUCCAUCUUGUCUGAGGUGAUGAUGUAUGUCACCAUCAUUGGGCUGCAGGUAUGGCUGGUGGUAGAGAUGGUUUACUGCUACAGGAAGAUAUCAGCACAAGGCGAGGAAGCAUUGAGAGAGAGCGCGGCGGAGUACUUAGCUAUAGCUUCGGAGAGUAAAGAGAACUGUGCAAUGGUGGCAGUGACAGAAUAGCACUGGUUAAAGAAUGGCUCCAAACGACGAAUAGCUCUCGAUAGCCCUUCAACACUUCACCCUUUCUUCCAGACUUCCAUUAUGACACCAUCUCAUUACCCCAUCCAGGAGGACAAGCAGCCAAGAGGCUUUUCCAGAGAACAGAUGGAUGAGAAGUGAAACAGCCAAUGAAAAAGGACUUCACUGUAUUUAAAAGCAACUAUACAGCACGAGUGUACUAUCUAGCAGUACUAUAAUAUCAAAGAGAGUUGUAACUACAGUACGUAUGCUUAAUUAUGCAAUCCAAAUCUUCAUUGUAAUACUGAUACAUUAUAAUAAGUUAGUUCAUACAUAGCAUUGUACAUUAGAAUUGCAUGUUUUAGUUUAAACAUUUGAAAAUGUUUAAGCUAUCGUUCUACCGUUGUGACUGGAAACCUUAAUAUGCAACAUCCAUAAAUAUAUUUAUUGCAGUAUAAUUGCAUUCUCUGCAUAUUUCAUUAAUGCUUUAUUUGCUAGAUUUUCCUUACCAUAUUUACAACAACAACAAGGGCUUGUGAUAUUAGCUACCAUUUUACUGCCAUGGGAAACUACCAUAAUUUGUUCAGUGUGCCUAGAGCAGUAAUGUCUGACUGGUCAAAGACCAAAAUCUCUACGGAGCAGAAUACAUUGAGCUGCUAUUGAAGAAAAAAAUGGACAUCCCUGUCAUUCCUAUUUGGCAGUCAAUUCUGUAUUAUACCUCCAGGGGCAGCAUAACACUGCCUAAUGUGGACUGCAAUCUUGCACACAUACUUUCUUGUAUAAUUUCAUUGGGAUCUGGGUUUAACUACCAAGGGUUUGCAACAUUUGAAGUACGGAAAAGUGAAAGAAUAAUAGGAUUGUUAUUGCAUGAUAACUGUCACACAUGAACAAAUUAUAAUUCAUGUUCAAGAUUCUGAAUUAUUCAAAAUUCCCUUUAAAAACCUUGAAGCUGAUUUGGUCAGAUUAGAGAUUCUAGUCACCUUUCACAGAACUUCUACAUUCAAUAGUGGAAUAUGUUGGAAAAAAACAACAGGCUUAUAAUAGGGAAUAGUCGACUUCUGCCGUCAUUUAAAAUGUUCACUGAAGAGAGCUGAUCCAGUACACACUACUGUGGAAAUGUUGCUUGCCAAAACGGUCAGCUUUAUACCAUAAUACAAUUGUCAUGUGAGAAUGGAGUAGGCUUUAUAUCUGGUUUAUUAAAUCAAAACAAUUUC